UAGGUUAUUCACAAUGACAGUGCGUUUGAUCAAACUAGCUACUCCGGAAGAAAUUACAUUUGAUCAAAUUUGAUUUCAGUUAUUGGAUAACAAACUUGCUUUAUUUGUUUUUAUAUUUUGGUAAAUACAAUUUAAAAGAGUAAAUACAAUUAAUUAUAAAUUAUAUAGAUUUGUGCAUCAAAUAGAUCAACAAUGAUUCGAUAUCAACUAUUUUUAAUAUGCUCGGUGUUAACAAUUGCUCUACCAGUUAACAUUAUAGCUCAAAGUCCACUCGGUUAUCCAUAUCUUGGCCUGCAAUACAACCCUUACACUAGUCCACUUUUUGGUUAUGGUCUUGGUCCUCAAUAUGGAACUCUUUAUGGUUCCCUGGCAUCCAAUUACUUGUACGGAAAUUCAGGACCAUAUGGUGGUGUUCCAGCUUAUGCUGGUUAUCCUGGAGGAUAUGGUGUUUAUGGUGGUUUUGGAGCCCUUGGUUAUGGUACUCAUGGUGUGGUUGACAAUUAUAAACAAUAUUAUGGCUAUGGAUAUGAGCCAUAUGACUACAAAGCUCGUUCAAGCCCUGACACCCCAACACAAGAUACAAGUCGAGCAGCAUCUCAGUAA